AGCUGCCAGAAAUCAGGAGAUUUGCAAAGUGGUUCUUGUGUUGAGGGUAGCAGUAGUGAGUUUAUUCUGAUGGGGGGCCUUAAGAAAAGUGUGUCUGUAGGAAAUGUAUUAGAUAAAGAAAGAAAUUUUUUUCUUAUGAUGAUAUCACAGAGGAUGAAGCUCGAAGCCCGGAAAGGAUCAUGGACAGACAUAUUGAUUCAUCGCGUCACACUGAUUCUGCUGAAUCAAACGAGCAUGGAGAUUUUGCUGCUGCACACAAUCAGCAUGAAUUCCUUUUCUCUGUGGGAGUUAUGAAGCAUCUUGAUGGGGAUAUACCUGAUCAUUCAUGUGAACACUCUGCAAACCAUUCUAUUGAGUCCCCACACUUGUCAGCAGAUACCCCAACUGGCCUUGUGAAAUCACGUUCUCUAACAAACCUCCGGGUGGAUUCAGAUAGCUCCACUGAUGCUGCUUUGCUUCAAGAAUUGACGGUACCACGUUCAAAAUCUUUUGAGAAUUUGAAUUUGCUAAAUGAAUUAAAUGAAGAACAUUCUCCUCAUCGGGCAGAUUAUGGCACAAUGGUUGGGUGUAAUGAAGUGGACAUCCAAGGGGGCGAUGGCUCAUACUUGAAUGAGAAGAGCAAGUCUGAAUAUAAAUCAGUUGCUGGUGGUGAUUUUCACAACGGUAAUUGUUUGGUUAGUGAACUUGGAGAAAACACAAUGUAUGAUGCAGAGAUGAGAGGCAACCUUCAGCAAGUAUCAUAUAUGCAGAAUUGCGAUGAUCUGACCUCUGAUGAAUUAAAAAUAAAGCGGAUUGAGGAGUGGAUAAGCCAAAUUGAGAUUCCGAGUGGUUUUUCUGUUGAAGAAGUUGGGGAGAGUUCUGAAACUGCUUCUAGGAAGGACUCCCAUGCUGCAGCUGGUGCAUCUCCUGGAAAGCCUGAUGCUAGAAAUAGUGCUGGCAUGGAAGUGGCUAGUGCAUACAUCUCAUCCUUGUCUCCGGCAGCCACUUCAGUGCAGAUAACAAAUCUUGGGUUGGUUUCGGUUCCGAUCCUUAGUUCAUUUGCUGGUUUAAAGGUGCUAAAUUUAUCUGGAAAUGCGAUAGUCAGGAUAAAUGCUGGGGUUCUUCCAAAAAGUCUUCAGAUGCUUAAUCUUUCAAAGAACAAUAUGGCGGUAAUUGAAGGUCUCCGUGAUCUGACUCGUCUUCGCGUACUAGACCUGAGUUUCAACCGAAUUUCUAGAAUUGGUCAUGGUUUGGCCUCUUGUUCCUCUCUAAAGGAGCUUAAUCUAGCUGGUAACAAGAUCAGUGAAGUAGAAGGCCUUCACAGACUCCUCAAGCUGUACUUUCUAGACCUGCGAUUCAACAAGAUCUCAACAUCAAAGGGACUCGGCCAAUUAGCUGCUAACACAUCCUUGCAAGCCAUUAACUUGGAAGGCAAUCCGGCUCAGAGAAAUGUGGGUGAUGAACAGCUGAAGAAAUACCUUCUGAGUCUAUUGCCCAGCUUGGUUUACUUCAACAAGCAGACCAUCAGAGCAAGCUCUUCAAAAGAAGUUGCCUCUCUUCAGUUUGAACGAGAGCUGAGAACAAGCCACAAGAACACACGAAGAACCCAUGGUUCUGGGCUACACAAGGGUUCAGCUGCAUCUAGCUCAAGUCAUGCUUUAGGCUCUCUACUGAAGCAUGCUUCUUCUAAGGGCAGGCAUGAGCACAGUGUCUCUGCAAGAACCAAACCUGCAAAUCAUCUGCGAAACAUAAACACUAAACCCCUGAGCUUGCAGCCAGCUGAUGUUAUUAGGAGGAUUCACAGUGAGGGAGGCUUUAAAGAACAUUAAUGAUGGAUGUGUGG